AUGUGCGCAACUGACCGAGAACAGGAAUAUCCCACUUCUCCUUCUCUGCAGAUCGACUUGAAGGUUAUAAAAUACGAUGCGCGAGGGAAGUUCCUAGGCUGGGAAGAUGUGCGAGGGGAGACGCUGCAGUGCACUGUCGAAGUCUCUGACCUUCUGCGACGUGUUCCUGAGCCCAUAUUUUAUGAGCUGUUCUUGCAGUUUGAAGAUGAGAAGGGGGAUACCCGGUUGUGGCAGGUCCCUGUGAAUAAUCCGGCCAUAAGGACAAAUGGCCAAGCAUCCUCGAAUCCGCAGAUGCUCAGAAGACUCUUUCUCGUUGAUGGGCUCUCGGGCAGAAAAUACAACCUGACAAAUACCCCAGCAUCUGUUACGCUGGCAGCGGAAUUGCUCCUCAGGCUUCCAGCAGCUGUCGCUUCAGCAGGUGUUAAUGAGUACCAGGUUUGGUGCUGCUGGGAUAUCGACAAAGCUGAAACCAACAGCUCCUGUUUCACCUGCCUCAGUGCCCAGAUUGACGUGUCAUUUUCAGUCUCUUAUAUUCAGAGCCCUGGAACAGCUCAGCAAGCCACCGAUAUUGCAUUUGGAGUCCUGGGGUUUCUUGCACUCCUCUCUGCCUUCCUGGAGACCGGCACUUGGGUCCGGAGAUCUCGACUUCCAAAUGUAAAUUUUAUGAUCAUACUGAAAUUCUUUGCCUUCUUUGCUGGAUCUUUGGCGAACGUCUUUUUCGUGGUCACACUUGGAAUUGGCAUUUAUUGGCUCAUUGUUUUCAAGGGUCAACAAGUUUCUGCCGUCGAAAUGAUGCUUCCCGCUGCUGGUAGCCAAAUCGAAACCAAUUUCAUCGUCUACUUGUUGUGUGCCUUUGUGCUGAAGAGUGUGAACAUCAUACAUAUUCUGAUAACCCAGACAACAGUCUCCAUCUUCCUGAUCGAUUGGGAGAAGCCAAAGGCAAGACAAACAGUCCAAGCAUCCACAGGAAAUCAGGGGGCAGCUUCCUCUGUGAGCGCCUGGAGGACUUUUCUGAUAGCCAACGAGUGGAACGAGAUCCAGACUCACCGGAAAGUCAGCCCUUCGCUUCAGUUGUUCGCUGUUUUGUUGCUUUUGGAGGUAGUGGGGCUGAAGAACCUUGCAUCGCGGGACCUGAAUGUGAAUCUGAACCCAGAUCCAAAUGACUACCAGGCCCCAUGGAGCCCCAUCCUUCGGUUUGGCAUUGCUGCUUCAGUUUGGUUGGCUGUGUGGAUUGUGCAGGUGGUGUUUUCUGUUGGCUUUUAUGAGCGGUUUGUGGAAGACAAGAUCCACCAGUUUGUUGACCUUUGUUCCUUGAGCAAUGUGUCUGUAUUCAUCCUGACUCACAGAUGCUAUGGUUUCUACAUCCAUGGGCGAAGUGUCCACGGACAUGCAGAUGUGGACAUGGACACCAUCCAUUCCUACUUUAGGAAGGAGGAGGAAAAUCUUUGUCCUCUAAGAGGCUUGGAAGCCAACUCUGAAGUGCAAACAUUUGAGGUACUUCUCACUGACAAGACCCGCACAUUGUAUGACAGGAUAACCCAGUCUUCAAUGGAGGUAUGCUUUCUAAUCAUAUUUUGCUAUCCUUUGCAAUAUGCCCCUAAAUUUCACCCUGGAUUUAUCCACGGGUUAAAAAACAAUUUCUUGGCAAUCCUCUGCCAAGUGACUAAAAUUUUGAAAUCUCUCAACUUUAUCUUCCGCCUGUGGCAGGUGCCCAGAGGCAAACAUGUGCGCUCCGACCUUCACAGCCAGAGACUAAAAGGCUAUCAUGCCUUGAACCGCUUCCUGAUUUCCUUCCUUGAACAUAGAUACAAAGAUCUGGACUAUGUGGUGAAAGACAAGUAUUUGAUGGAGCGCAUCCUGGACAUGGAAUUUCAGGAGCCAGGAGACAUAAACAUUUUGUAUAACGAUGACCGAUCCUUAUUUAGCAGAACGCUCUUCUACAACCAUGAGCUGACGCUGGUCUUGUUUGACAUCCUCCUCUUCUCGGCUGUGGAUUUGGGGGCACAAGACUUUGUGUUGGCAACGGUUGUCACCUUUGUUGCGCAAAAGCUCUUGCAGAUGCUGCGUGAUGCACUUGGAAGGAGAAACCUAGCCGAGAAAACCUUGGUGGAGAAGCAAUUCCUGAUCUAGAACUUGGAUAAACAAUUUGCUUGAAUUCCUGCUGUAAAUAGAAGAUGUGGGACCUUGCAUCCUUCAGCCUUUGGACUAUGAUGGCUGCAUUUUUUCUAUUCUGAGCAACAACUCUCUUAUGACUAGUGUUGAGUCUUAAGCAUACGAAGUAAUAUGUGCAUCUCCAAGUAUGUGCAAAUAAUCUUUCCUAGGGCACCAUCAAAGAGUGACAGCUUCACAUACUUGCUUUAGUUAGCAUCCCCUCCAAGGAUACAUGGAAUUACUAUUUUAUACAGAAAAGCUGAGAUGAACAUUUAUUUAUCUACUAAGUUUAGGAGCCAGCUUGCUUUAGUUACCGUUCCUUCCAGUAUCUCACAGAUGAAAUGUGGGAUACAUCAUGUAGCCAAGCAACAUCGGACUGUGACCAAACAUAUCUUGCCAGGGGAAGAACAUACAGAACAACCUGUUUUGUGCAGAGAAGCAGAGAUGAACAUUUAUGCACUAAGUUUAAGAGCAUGAAAACAAAGAGAUGAAUUCCUUAUAAACCUACUGGGAAAGGUAACACUUUGUCUCCUCUUCUCCCUCCUGCUAAGUUCAUUGACUGCAAACUACUUUAACAUUUUGAUCUCAAUUUGCAGCAGGUGAAGUAGGCAGUGGAUGAAGGAGGAAAGUGGGAGCUGGAGAGAGAAACCGGGACAUUUUUAGAGCCGGUGAGAAAGUGGGACAGCAGAGAAGUAACUUGGACUGUCCGUGUUGAAUUGAAUUAAUGUGACUUCUGGCAUGCAUGAGCCUUGGCACCCCUUGUAUUAGAAAUAAAGCACCUUCAGUGUGAAUCGGUACAAAAUCUUUGCUACUGAAUGGAUCAGCAAAGAAGGAAUGAGCACGCUGAACCGAGAAGACCAGGGUUCAAAUUCAGUUCCAUCAUGGAGAAUGUGGAGUAGCUUUGGGACUAUCAUGAACUUUCAGCCAAGGAUGUCUCACCAGUUUAUUCUGAGACUAAAAUGUAUUGUGGUUGAUUCUCUUCCUAUCGGCUUUCUUCACCGUCUCAUUUUCAUGACCAUAUAGACAAAUCAGAAAUACAAUGGCAACAAUGACUUUGGUAUCCCAUGAUAUAUCUUUAUAUCUGAUGGUCUUAUCUAGUUCUGUCAUGGCUGCCCUUCCAAAUCUUAGUCCCGAUUUCUUAACUACAGUCUCCAUUCCAAUACAUGGAGAAUCUUUAAUUAUUUUACUGCCUUCACCAUCUACUUCAAAGUUGUAUCAAUCACAUGUGGUCAUUAUUUUUCCUUUCUUAAUGUUCAACUGCAACCCUGCCUUUAGACUUAGAAAGCCUUGAGAGAGAAAAGAAGUGUUGUCCAUGAGAGAGUUUAUCAAACAGCCGUAAGCCAUAAUUGCUAAGAAAACACAAUGCUGGAAGUCUUUGGAAGCCUGCUUUGUAUUCCUACACAUUCCUAGCCAGCAACCGACCGGCUCGCUCUUUGUUUGUGUAUGCUUUAUUUCCUAGAGUAAACCACUUGAAUAUUUGCUCUGAAAUAAUCUAGUGAUUUUAGGAGCCAGAAAUUCAAAGAAGAAAAGGACUGUAUCUCUUCGAACAGGAAUAACAUGGCAUAGAAUGACUACUUCUGAUGCUGUCUGGAUGCCAUUUCUUAGACUAUACUCAUCUGAAGGUCCAUCUGGACAGAUUAGAAAACCCAGAAAGUCUCUGGUUUUGUUCCUAACCUUACAGAUUUGGAGGGUUUAUUAUGUGGCGUUUUCCACAUUCUGGAGCAUUUCCAGGGAGCUCCGGACCUAGAACAUACAAGGGCUUUUUAUUACCAGUCUCCAGGUCAGUUUAAAGCAAACCUGUAUAUCCUGAAAUAAAAUGCACCUCUCUAAGGCAGCAUGUCUGUUGUAGAGGAAUGUCUUCUCCCUCCAUAUUCGCAAAGGUUAGGGGUACAAGAUCCCCGUGAAUAUGGAAAAACCACAAAUAACAAA